UGACCUUAAAACGUUGAAAAUUAACAUCGCAACCGAGGAAUGUUUCGUUUGACACAUCCAAUAUUGCGGAAAGGUUAACGUAGGCUUCACUUUGACAAAUAACAGCUGACUCAAUUUUCUAUUGAGUUCAAAUUCACCCUUUGAAGUAAGAAUAAUUUCAGUACAAAAUCCAACUUGAGGGGGGCGUUCACUUACAGUUUUUGGACUCUGGCAUUUGAAGGCAGCAUGAGUUGACGUCUUCGUGUGGUGCCGUAAUUAUGAUGGGAAACAUUUGAAGGCAGCAUCUAGCCACAUGCGUUUUCCGAGUUCAAAUGCGGAAGCGCGCUCUGAUUGGCCGCCGGUCGCAUACAGAAGGGGGGCGAGGGCAAAACAAACCGAAGCCACACAGACAGCGGCCCGGUCGAGCGACUGGAAUCGGCUACCAACCGGACGGCGCAGGUGAGGAGAAGCCUUAGAAGAGUCGGGAACACCGACCGCUAUGAAGGACUCCGAGCCCAAGAGCGACGGCUGGAAGGCGCACGUCGUCCGUCAGCUGCGACGCCGAGACCGGGAGCAGCACCACAACUUCCGAGACCUCGUCUACGCUUACUCGCGGCUGCUGGAACGAAGCAGUGUGACGGACGCCAUCCUCGCCGGGGCCGGACGUCGCCCGGAUUCGCCGCCGCCGUUCUUGUGCGUCGUGCGGCUGAAGAGGAAUGCCGCAGAGUUGGCGUAUCAGGUGGUGGAGAAGCAGCAGCAGUUGAAAAACCAAGAGAAGGUUUUGGAAGAGCAACGGGGGAGGCUGCCGCGAGAAGAGCGACGGCGAGCGGAGGCGCGAGACGUCCGGCGCCAGCUGCAGCUGGGGGCGGAGCGUCUGGCCCGGGAAAACCAGCUGACCAAGGGCCGCUACGACGCCCUGAUGGAGCGGCGGCGGCUCGCCGAGCGCUUCCUCCGGGAGGAGGAGCUCCGGGGAUGCGGCCUGCUGGACGACCUGGUCUCGUUCAAACGCCAGGCGGCCGCGCGCCUCAACCGGCGAAACGACAGGCGCGCCAGGGUUCAAGACGUCAACCUGCAGAAGGACUUGCAGACCGCCGCCACUUCCGAGGUCAGCGUAGACAGCUCCCUUAGCUUUCCCAACUGGGCCUGCCGAGCUUUCAAGAAAAAGAUGGCAGGAAAAAGUCAAGGGCCCCUCUCCGGGUCCGUUCCAGCUUCAGAAAGUUCUCCCAAGAUCUUGGCAUCCUUUCGAGAGCUCUUCGAGAGGAGGCGGGGCCGAUCGUCGUACGCUUCAGACGAGGAGGAGCCGGCGUGUCCCCUCAGAGUCCCGACGGCGGCUCGACUUCCCGCCCGAGCGCUUCACGUCCUGGAGGCUCACGAGCAGGGCGUCAACACGGCGGCUUUCUGCCCCAGCUCUGCCCUGCUGGCCAGCGGCGGAACUGACAAGGUGGUGAAAAUUUGGGAGGUCCGAGCAGGCACCCUCAGGCAUCGGACUACCCUGGACGGGAGCACAGAGGGUCUGACAUGCGUCCAGUUUGACCCGGCGGGUCACCGAGUUCUGGCGGGCUCGUACGACAAGUCGGCGUUGCUGUGGCGUUUGGACCGGCCCGUCGCCAAGCUGACGCUGACGGGCCACGGCAGAAAGGUGACGGCGGCGCGCUUCAGUCGUAACCGGGUCCUGACGGGGAGCGCUGACGGAACCCUCCGUAUUUGGGACCCCCAGAGAGCUGCAUCGACGUGGUCUGCUUGGAGAACGUGGCCAUCAGCGGACAUUUUGACCAUCACAUCCGAUUCUGGGACGACAGGCUCUCCGGCUGCGUACACCGCGUGUCCGCCGGCGGCAAAGUGACAUCUUUGGACCUGAGCGCCGACGGCCGCCACCUUCUCAGCUGCUGCCGUGACGAUGUCCUGCGGCUGCUCGACCUCCGCUGGUGGAGCGACCACAGCGCCGCCUUCAGGGCCGAGGGUUUCAAAUGCGCCAGCGACAGCACUAAAGUGGCCGUCAG